AUGACCAACGCGCAAGCCGAAGCAAUCAAAGCAGAAGGAAACGCAUUCUUCAAAGGCGGAAAGUACAAGGAAGCUAUCGGCAAGUACAAGGAGGCUGUGGCAAUUGAUGCCACAGUCCCAUCCUACUGGUCGAAUAUGGCCGCUUGUCACGAGAAGCUGCGAGAAUUCGAGGAGAUGGCUGAAGCUGGACGUAGUUGCAUCCUAGCAGACAAAAAUUUUGUGAAGGGAUACUACAGAUUGGCAACUGCUCAAAAGGCCAUUAAUGAUCUUCCAAACUGUAUCAAGACCUUGGAAAGUGGUCUAGCAAUUCAAUCUAGCAAUCCAGAUUUGAAGCGCAUGAAAAAGGAGGUGACAGAGCUACAGCGUGGAGAACAAGUGGCUGCCUACUGCUCUAAAGCACAGGAACUUCUGCAAAACGGGGACAUCCCGAACGCAAUGAAGACCCUUGAACUUGCAAGCCGUCUUGAUGCCGGAAAUCCCGAUAUUGAAGCCAUGAUGAAGAAAGUCAAGCCCAAAUGGGAAACCAUGGAAAAAAAGCGAAAGGCUGGACUCAGUUCUGUGGAACAACACAAGGAAAAGGGAGACGAAUGCUACCAAAACGCUCAGUUUGAAGAGGCAGUAGGUCACUACAAAAAGUGCAUUGAUCAAUUGGUCAAGGACGGACAAGGCGCUUCUGACUUAGCGGUGAAGGCGUAUUCCAAUCGUGCAGCUUGUUACAAGCAAAUUAGUAACUUUGAUGGUACAAUCUCUGAUUGUACAGCAGUUUUAGAAGCUCAGCCUGACAACGUGAAGGCCUUGAUUCGUCGUGCCCAGGCUUUCGAAGGUGUUGAGCGUUAUCGAUUUGCACUUCAGGAUGUCAAGGCUGUUUUGUCCAUGCCAUAUAACAAGGUUGGAAAGACUAACUUUGAUUUAUGCAACGGUAUGCAACACAGACUUCAACGAACCGUAACUCAGUUGAAGAAGAUGAAUAGCUCGUAA